AUGUCUCUGGCUAGUUCGAAACGUGGCCCGCAAAGUCGCCCUAUCUCCCCCCGUAGGUCCCGCCGACUUGCUAAGCAGCGUCCCGAGAUCGACGCUAGGGAGGCCGCUUGGGCCCGGCAGCGGUCCGCCUCCAAGGCCAAUCGUCAGCAGCCGGUGAAUGGCAUGCCGGAACGGCCCGAGACAUUCAACAAUUUGAUAGACACCGCGAGGGCGACGGUCGAGCGUUAUGUGAAUGGAGGGAGACCACAUGAAGAGUAUCUCCGUGCUUCCCUGAAGGCCUUUCUCGAGUGGUUACCACCGGGAGGUCAAACUUCAGUGGCCAGAGACAUCGUCAACGCUGGAAACGAUGACCAAAAGUUGUGGCAGGUGUUUCACGAUCUUCUCGCCUAUCUUCUCUAUCCAAUGAUGGCGGAGAGUCCUAUACCCUCGGAACCUGAAUCACCCUUUGACUUCAGGGAGCCCAACCUGGAGGUGUUCACAGGGACGCUCAUCCAACCAGAGGUCCGGGAUAGCGAUUUCCGGGACGAGUGUGCGCGCCGAGACGGCUAUCGGUGUUGUGUCACUGGCCAUCUAGAUACCAAGAAAUGGAAGCAGAAUGGAUAUCUGCCAGCUGAUGAGCUCCACGACUUCGUGGAGUGCGCCAAUAUCAUACCCUGCAGCUACACGUCCUGGGCGGGAAGCAAGAGGAAUGGCAUCAUUACUAUGCCUCCGUCGAGGGCGUCCCUGCCAGAUCCCGCGUAUCUGGACUGCCACUACCGCGUGGCUGAGAUCCUCCAUGCUUCUGGUCUGGCGGAGUACAUCGAGCGUAAAAUCCAAGACUGGGAAGAUCUGAAACAGUCUGGUGGAACAGAUGGCGCCCUCCGUCCAGAUGGCUCGACCGAUGUCACCCGCAUUCUGAAUACCGCUCUGUGGUCCGCAGUUGAGGGAUGA